AUGUUAAAAAAUAGAGUCUCUAUUGGCUUAGCUCUGCCAAAUAUGAAACGACUAUUUACAGUGUUCCGACUUUUAGCAUUAGCACAUUCUAAGGAAUACUAUGGUGUAUAUGUUGGUAAACUAGAAAGCACUGAUAAAGGCAUAAGUGGACAUGUCUUUCUCGCCAAUGAAACCAUCCUCCAAAUCGUCAAUUUCACUCAUGAAUCCGUAAAAGACUCCGACAGCACACAACUACUCUUUUUCAACACUGGUAGGACGUCAAAAGCGAAAGCAGUUUAUUUAGAACAGACGACACCUGAUGGAAAGUUUAUCCUGCCAAUAACACCAGUUUUAAAUGGUCCCUUCAAACGACAAACGAUUGUUGUAAAAAUCCCAGAGAAUGUGCUCUCCUGGAACAGCUUUGCAUUGGCCGAUAACGAAGACCAGGUAAGCUUUUCUAAAAUUUCCUUUUACACAACAAUAUAAAU